GUGCCUGGCCCCAGUCUGCCUUUAAAUUAUUAGUCCUUUAUCCUUUUGAGUUAACUCAUCAGAAGCCAAUUCAACAUGGAAGCAGCCACCCCAGGUGCCGCUGAGUUGGGUAUGUGCCUAUUAUUCCAGGUCCGGGACCUCCUGGCUGCUGCUGCUUUCUGCUCUCAUCCUCCAGGUAGGACUCUCAGCUGACACCAUGAGCAGUGACAGUGAAAUGGAAGUGUUCGGCAUGGCCGCUCCUUUCCUCCGAAAGUCAGAAAAGGAGCGGAUCGAGGCUCAGAACCAGCCCUUCGAUGCCAAAACUUACUGCUUUGUGGUGGAUUCAAAGGAAGAAUAUGCCAAAGGGAAAAUCAAGAGUUCUCAGGAUGGGAAGGUCACCGUGGAAACUGAGGACAGCAGGACCCUGGUGGUCAAACCGGAGGAUGUGUAUGCCAUGAACCCCCCCAAGUUCGACAGGAUCGAGGAUAUGGCCAUGCUGACGCACCUGAACGAGCCGGCUGUGCUGUACAACCUCAAGGACCGCUACACAUCCUGGAUGAUCUAUACCUACUCAGGCCUGUUCUGUGUCACCGUCAACCCCUACAAGUGGCUGCCGGUGUACAACCCCGAGGUGGUGGAAGGCUACCGAGGCAAAAAGCGCCAGGAGGCCCCGCCCCACAUCUUCUCCAUCUCUGACAACGCGUAUCAGUUCAUGCUGACCGAUCGUGAAAACCAGUCCAUUCUGAUCACCGGAGAAUCCGGGGCAGGAAAGACUGUGAACACCAAACGGGUCAUCCAGUACUUUGCAACAAUUGCAGCUACUGGGGACCUGGCCAAGAAGAAGGACUCCAAAAUGAAGGGGACUCUGGAAGACCAAAUCAUCAGUGCCAACCCCCUGCUGGAGGCCUUCGGGAACGCCAAGACUGUGAGGAACGACAACUCCUCCCGUUUUGGCAAGUUCAUCCGAAUCCACUUUGGAACCACGGGGAAGCUGGCCUCUGCAGAUAUUGAAACUUAUCUGCUGGAAAAAUCAAGAGUCACUUUCCAGCUGAAGGCUGAAAGGAGCUACCAUAUCUUCUACCAGAUUCUUUCUAACAAGAAGCCUGAGCUCAUAGAGCUGUUGCUUAUUACAACCAACCCCUACGACUACCCGUUCAUCAGCCAGGGGGAGAUCCUGGUGGCCAGCAUAGACGACUCGGAGGAGCUGCUGGCUACGGAUAGUGCCAUUGAUAUCCUGGGCUUCACCCCAGAAGAGAAAUCUGGGCUCUACAAGCUGACAGGAGCCGUGAUGCACUAUGGGAACAUGAAGUUCAAGCAGAAGCAGCGAGAGGAGCAGGCGGAGCCAGACGGCACAGAAGUGGCUGACAAAACAGCCUACCUGAUGGGCCUGAACUCCUCGGACCUCCUGAAAGCUUUGUGCUUUCCCAGAGUGAAAGUUGGGAAUGAGUAUGUUACCAAAGGUCAAACUGUGGAUCAGGUUCAUCACGCCGUGAACGCUCUUUCAAAAUCAGUCUAUGAAAAGCUGUUCUUGUGGAUGGUCACCCGCAUCAACCAGCAACUGGACACGAAGCUGCCAAGACAGCACUUCAUUGGUGUUUUGGACAUUGCAGGCUUUGAAAUCUUUGAGUAUAACAGCCUGGAGCAGCUGUGCAUCAACUUCACCAACGAGAAACUGCAACAGUUUUUCAACCACCACAUGUUCGUGCUGGAGCAGGAGGAGUAUAAGAAGGAAGGCAUCGAGUGGACGUUCAUCGACUUCGGGAUGGACCUGGCUGCCUGCAUCGAGCUCAUCGAGAAGCCCAUGGGCAUCUUCUCCAUCCUGGAAGAGGAGUGCAUGUUCCCUAAGGCAACGGACACCUCCUUCAAGAACAAGCUGUAUGACCAGCAUCUGGGCAAGUCCAACAACUUCCAGAAGCCCAAGGUGGUCAAAGGCAGGGCUGAGGCCCACUUCUCGCUGAUCCACUAUGCAGGCACUGUGGACUACAGUGUCUCGGGCUGGCUGGAGAAGAACAAGGACCCUCUGAACGAGACUGUGGUCGGGCUGUACCAGAAGUCCUCCAACAGGCUCCUGGCACACCUCUAUGCCACGUUUGCCACGGCGGAUGCUGACAGUGGGAAGAAGAAAGUUGCCAAGAAGAAGGGUUCUUCCUUCCAAACGGUCUCUGCCCUUUUCAGGGAAAACCUGAACAAGCUGAUGUCAAACUUAAGAACUACUCACCCUCACUUUGUGCGUUGUAUAAUUCCCAAUGAAACCAAAACUCCAGGGGCGAUGGAACACAGCCUUGUCCUGCACCAGCUGCGCUGUAACGGCGUCCUGGAGGGCAUCCGUAUCUGCAGGAAAGGAUUCCCAAACAGGAUUCUCUAUGGGGAUUUUAAACAAAGAUACCGAGUGCUGAAUGCCAGUGCGAUCCCUGAGGGACAAUUCAUUGACAGCAAGAAAGCUUGUGAAAAGCUUCUGGCAUCCAUCGAUAUUGACCACACUCAGUACAAAUUUGGACACACCAAGGUGUUCUUCAAGGCUGGCUUGCUGGGAACCCUGGAAGAGAUGAGGGAUGACCGCCUGGCCAAACUGAUCACCCGGACACAAGCUGUGUGCAGAGGGUUUCUCAUGCGUGUGGAAUUCCAGAAGAUGGUGCAGAGGAGGGAGUCCAUCUUCUGCAUCCAGUACAACAUUCGCUCAUUCAUGAACGUCAAACACUGGCCAUGGAUGAAACUCUUCUUCAAGAUCAAGCCCCUCCUCAAGAGUGCGGAGACUGAGAAAGAGAUGGCCACCAUGAAGGAGGAAUUCCAGAAAACCAAAGAUGAACUUGCCAAGUCAGAGGCAAAAAGGAAGGAGCUAGAGGAGAAGCUGGUGACUCUGGUCCAAGAGAAGAAUGACCUCCAGCUCCAAGUACAAGCUGAAAGUGAAAAUUUGUUGGAUGCUGAGGAAAGAUGUGAUCAGCUGAUCAAAGCCAAAUUUCAGCUCGAGGCCAAGAUCAAGGAGGUGACUGAGAGAGCUGAGGAUGAGGAAGAGAUCAAUGCUGAGCUGACAGCCAAGAAGAGGAAACUGGAGGAUGAAUGUUCAGAGCUCAAGAAAGACAUUGACGACCUUGAGCUGACACUGGCCAAGGUUGAGAAGGAGAAACAUGCCACAGAGAACAAGGUUAAAAACCUUACUGAGGAACUCUCCGGGUUAGAUGAAACAAUUGCCAAGUUAACCCGGGAGAAGAAGGCCCUCCAAGAGGCCCACCAGCAGACCUUGGAUGACCUCCAGGCUGAAGAAGACAAAGUCAAUUCUUUGAACAAAAUCAAGAGCAAACUGGAACAGCAAGUGGAAGACCUGGAAAGCUCCCUAGAACAAGAAAAGAAGCUCCGCGUAGACCUGGAAAGGAACAAAAGGAAGUUGGAAGGAGACUUGAAGCUUGCCCAGGAGUCCAUAUUAGAUCUGGAGAACGACAAGCAGCAGCUGGACGAAAGGCUCAAGAAGAAAGAUUUUGAAUAUUGUCAGCUUCAAAGCAAAGUGGAAGAUGAGCAGACACUGGGCCUCCAGUUUCAGAAGAAAAUUAAAGAGUUGCAGGCUCGAAUUGAGGAGCUGGAAGAGGAGAUAGAGGCGGAGAGGGCGACCCGUGCGAAGACCGAGAAACAGCGUAGCGAUUACGCCCGGGAGCUGGAGGAGCUGAGCGAGCGGCUGGAGGAGGCGGGAGGCGUCACCUCCACGCAGAUAGAGCUCAACAAGAAGCGGGAGGCGGAGUUCCUGAAGCUGCGCCGGGACCUGGAGGAGGCCACCCUGCAGCACGAAGCCACGGUGGCCACGCUGAGGAAGAAGCACGCAGACAGUGUGGCCGAGCUCGGGGAGCAGAUUGACAACCUGCAGCGGGUGAAGCAGAAGCUGGAGAAGGAGAAGAGCGAGUUCAAGCUGGAGAUUGAUGACCUCUCCAGCAGCAUGGAGAGCGUGUCGAAAUCUAAGGCAAAUCUGGAAAAAAUCUGCCGAACCCUGGAGGAUCAGUUAAGUGAGGCCAGGGGCAAGAAUGAGGAGAUUCAGAGGUGCCUGAGCGAGCUGACCACGCAGAAGUCCCGUCUGCAGACUGAGGCUGGUGAGCUGAGUCGUCAGCUGGAAGAAAAGGAAAGCAUAGUAUCCCAACUUUCCAGGAGCAAGCAAGCAUUUACCCAGCAAAUAGAAGAGCUCAAGAGGCAGCUGGAGGAAGAGAACAAGGCCAAGAACGCCCUGGCGCACGCCCUGCAGUCCUCCCGCCACGACUGCGACCUGCUGCGGGAACAGUAUGAGGAGGAGCAGGAAGGCAAAGCCGAGCUGCAGAGGGCGCUGUCCAAGGCCAACACUGAGGUUGCCCAGUGGAGGACCAAAUACGAGACGGACGCCAUCCAGCGCACAGAGGAGCUGGAGGAGGCCAAGAAAAAACUUGCUCAGCGCCUUCAAGAUUCCGAGGAACAGGUUGAGGCCGUGAAUGCUAAAUGUGCUUCGCUGGAGAAGACUAAGCAGAGGCUGCAAGGAGAGGUGGAGGAUCUGAUGGUUGACGUGGAAAGAGCCAACUCCCUGGCUGCCGCUCUGGACAAGAAGCAGAGAAACUUUGACAAGGUGUUGGCCGAAUGGAAGACAAAGUGUGAGGAGAGCCAAGCAGAGCUGGAGGCAUCUCUGAAGGAGUCCCGCUCCUUAAGCACGGAGCUCUUCAAACUGAAAAACGCCUACGAAGAAGCCUUAGAUCAGCUUGAAACUGUGAAACGGGAAAAUAAGAACUUAGAGCAGGAGAUAGCAGAUCUCACAGAACAAAUUGCUGAAAAUGGUAAAACCAUCCAUGAACUGGAGAAAUCAAGAAAGCAGAUUGAGCUGGAAAAGGCUGAUACUCAGCUGGCUCUAGAGGAAGCAGAGGCUGCUCUUGAGCAUGAGGAAGCCAAGAUCCUCCGAAUCCAGCUUGAACUGACGCAAGUGAAAUCAGAAAUUGAUAGAAAGAUCGCUGAGAAGGAUGAGGAGAUCGAGCAGCUGAAGAGGAACUACCAGAGGACGGUGGAAACCAUGCAAAGUGCCCUGGACGCCGAGGUCCGGAGCAGGAAUGAAGCCAUCCGCCUCAAGAAGAAGAUGGAGGGGGACCUGAACGAAAUCGAGAUCCAGCUGAGCCACGCCAACCGCCAGGCUGCAGAGACCCUCAAACACCUCCGGAGUGUCCAGGGACAGCUGAAGGACACACAGCUCCACCUGGAUGAUGCCCUCCGUGGCCAGGAGGACCUAAAGGAGCAGCUGGCCAUCGUGGAGCGCAGAGCCAACCUGCUGCAGGCUGAGGUGGAGGAGCUGCGGGCCACUCUGGAGCAGACAGAGAGGGCCCGGAAACUGGCGGAACAGGAGCUCCUGGACUCCAAUGAGAGGGUGCAGCUGCUGCACACCCAGAACACCAGCCUCAUCCACACCAAGAAGAAGCUGGAGACCGAUCUCAUGCAGCUGCAGAGUGAGGUGGAAGAUGCCAGCAGGGAUGCCAGGAAUGCUGAGGAGAAGGCCAAGAAGGCCAUCACAGACGCUGCCAUGAUGGCGGAGGAGCUGAAGAAGGAGCAGGACACCAGCGCCCACCUGGAGCGGAUGAAGAAGAACCUGGAGCAGACGGUGAAGGACCUGCAGCACCGUCUAGAUGAGGCCGAGCAGCUGGCGCUGAAGGGCGGGAAGAAGCAGAUCCAGAAACUGGAGACGAGGAUCCGAGAGCUGGAGUUUGAGCUUGAGGGGGAGCAGAAGAAGAACACAGAGUCUGUUAAGGGUCUGAGGAAGUAUGAGCGGAGGGUCAAGGAGCUGACGUACCAGAGUGAAGAGGACAGGAAGAAUGUGCUGAGAUUGCAGGAUCUGGUGGAUAAACUGCAAGUCAAAGUCAAGUCCUACAAGAGGCAGGCUGAGGAGGCGGAUGAACAAGCCAAUGCUCAUCUCACCAAAUUCCGAAAGGCUCAGCACGAGCUGGAGGAGGCCGAGGAACGUGCGGAUAUUGCAGAAUCUCAAGUCAACAAGCUCCGUGCUAAGACUCGAGACUUCACCUCCAGCAGGAUGGUGGUCCACGAGAGUGAAGAGUGAGCCAGCCCUUCUGAAGCAGGACAGAAGAUAUGCAAAAUGUAUAUUUUCUUGGUUCCUGACCAUCGAUACCUAAUGUCCACGUGACUCUUUCACAUGCGAUAAACUUUGCUUUGUGUC